CGUCUGUAUACCAACAAGGCACCAGGAUUGAUACAGUGUACAAUUGCAGGAUUCUACACUGAUAGCAGUUGUAUGAGAAAAAUGUGAGAGCCAAGUUACAGGUGAACGAGGCCUAAACCAUAUCAGAUGGUUGAUAACCUGAGUCUUGGUGAGAACUUACCGAGAUUAUCCGUUCGGAUAUGUGUAUCGCUCCGGAAUUUAUUUUCCGUGGGCUCUGCCGUUGAAAAUAUCAGAUCAACUUCUAGCCCUAUCCGUGCCUUCACCAUUGGAAGCUAUGUAUUGAGAUUUGUACUGGAAGCCGCUUACGGAUGCGGGACUUGAAAAUCAUCUCGGCCAGUUUUAUCCUUUCGGCCGUUCAGGCUAUAUGUCUUCUCCCGGUUACCUUUAUCACAUCUCUGUUUAAGCUACAGUGAGAUGUUUGGGAGAGUAAGAUCGAAAAUUUAACCAUAUGUUAAUUUCUUCAAG